AUGGCUCGGAACGAGAAUGAUGUCCGGGUACUGAUCGCAGGGGCCGGUAUCGCCGGCCUUGCGGCUGCAAUUUCCCUCACCCGCCAAACCUCCAUCGCGAACCUCAAAGUGUCCCUGUAUGAGCAGGCGGAUGAGCUGACGGAGAUUGGAGCUAGCAUUGCGCUCAGUCCCAAUGGCAUGCGCACGUUAGAAAGGCUCGGGGUACAUAAUGCUCUCUCAGAUGCAGUGGGAUUCCGAUCGCCGAGUGGCUUUCCGCAGAUUUUCCGGCACUGGAAGACGAACCAAGUGCAUUCGGUUGAUACACACAACGAUGUGCCCGAGCCUCGCCACGCCACCACCCGCUUCCAUCGGGGUCAUCUUCAUACCGCACUUCUCGAACACGUUCCUCGAGAGUCCAUCUACUUGGGUAAAAAGACCGUUCGCGCCGAAUCCGAUCACCAGGGUGUCUCGCUAUACUUUGAUGAUGGCACGAGGGCCGACGGGGACAUCCUGAUCGGAGCAGAUGGGCUUAGAUCGAUCGUCCGACAAUCAUUCAUUCCCCAAUACAAGCUACGGUUCAGCGGGAAGGUCUUUAUGCGAUCCACAUUUGACGCAUCCCUAGUAGAGGGGAAGGUCGCCGAUCUUCCAGCGGAUUCGAUUCACUGGUGGGGACCAAAGGAUAACUUCUUCGCAUCUCGCCUCGGCAAACAGCAAUACACCACGGUUGGUGCGUACAGCGAUUCACGCACCACGGAAGAGAUCGAGAAGAGCAUUUCAUGGGACGAUGAAGGACAUGUCGAGUUUCUCCGUGACAGAUACAAGGACUGGAAUCCGGUUGUCAAAGCUCUGACGGAGCUCACUCCCUAUACUAAACUCUACCCGAACUUCAUUGGAGACUCUCUUUCCAGCUGGGUCCUAGCCCCUCGAGUCACCUUGAUCGGUGAUGCUGCACAUGCCCAUGGCGGGGCUUUCGCAGCUGGCGGCUCCUUGGCCUUGGACGAUGCUUUAACCCUCGGACUCGCCUUUGCGCAUGCUCUCAACGUGCUGGAUGCAGAGCAGUCUAUUCCGGAAAGCAGUAUCCAACUAGCACUGGAGCUGUACAGUAGAGCGAGACAGCCUCAUACUGAGCGAUUACUUCGCAUUGUGCACGACCAAGCUUCUGAGGGGCAGUCGGCAAAUGGGGACAAUGAGGAAGAUGAAGAACAGCGACUCCUACGCCGUCUCAAGAAUCGGGCCAGUACGGUUUGGCUGGCAGAGCACGAUGCAGAAGCUGCCUUUGCAGCAACAGUUGCAAAGGUGGAGGACGAGAAGAUUGCUGAGAAGCAGUCCCGCAAAGUCAAGCUUUGA